GUCCGGAUCUGGGAUUUUACUGGGUUUUGGGUUUUACCGGACUGCUUGUGCAGGAUUUCAUCCCUGAACGACCUUGUUGUUCCUGCUGUGGACGGGAGGAUUUUCAGGGAAUGGAGAGGAGUGGGAUCGUUUUCCUCCACUCAGAUAAAACUGCAGCCUGAGCGUCUGUGUUGGACGGAGCGGGAUGUUCUGAUCGGCUCUCAGCGAUGGAAUCCAGUGGAUGACAGCAGCUGAAAACUCCCAGACGGAGGAAGAGGAGGAGGUCGCCUCCACAGCAUGGGCUGCGUCAAAUCCAAGCGGAGCGCCGCGGCCUCCCAGCACGCCAACUCCACGGAGAGGAAGCCCACGAGCGAGAAGGCCUACUUGAUGGGCGGGUCGGCGCCGGGCUCGGCGGACGGCUCGCCGCAGGUGAACGCGGCGCUGCUGGAGUACGCCCAGCGGCUGUCGGAGGACAUCGUGGCGCGGGCGGUGCAGCAGUGGCUGGAGGUGGACAGCCGCUACAGCGACAUCCCCUACAUCGAGUGCGACGUUCCGUGACGGGAACCUUCACGCCUGGCGGCGGACGAGUCGACGGGAAUCCGGUCUGACUGGACAGAAUUCAUCCAAACGGACCGGAGCGCUCCGAUCCCGACUCUGUGACGAUGAGGUGGAAGAUUACCGAUGAACCCAGGAAUCCCGUCUGACCCUUGACCCUGGUUGGAAACUCUCCCUGGAGCUUCUUUCACUGCCACUACUUCGCCUUAACCUCCGCCCUCCGCCAUGCGGGCCUUCUGGGCCGCUGACGAUGCGUUCUCCGGAUUGGGAGCUUUGACAGGGACUGACUCAUCGGACGAACCGACGAGACGUUUCGGUUUCGGUUCGUCCGGCUACGUUCACAUAGCAGGCGAAUUCGCAAAAUUCCGAUCUUUCACCAGUUUGUUCGGAAAUAAAUCUGAUUAUUUCCAAAGCAUCUCAAUGCAUGUCGUAUUUUAUUCGACUUUUACGUCGUUGAGGUGAACGUGCGUCAUAAUUCUGCACCAGAAGAAGAAAGACGUAAAUCUGGACAUAAAGAAUGAAAAUUAUAAUCAUGAAUUGAUGAAAGUCUGAGUCAGUUGGAAAACUUUAAAAAAUACAAUUUCAUUAGAGUCGUUUAGAUUGAAUAAAAAAAAAUUAAUACCA